UGCAUAAAAGGAACACUUCAAACGAAGCGAGACGCACAGGUCAUACAACUGACUGAAGUUCCUUCGCCAUUAGGUUUUCAAAAUUUCAACCCGACCUUCUUGACGGCUCAAUUGCAUCGCUGUACCAGAUUGAUAAUGAGAAAUGAAUAAAUGAAUUCCGAGACGAAACUGAAAGCCAUGGUCGUUUUAAAAUCAAGAUUUUUGAUUUGCUCUGAUCUCCGACGUUGAGUCUUUUGGUAAGAAAACCAUUAUGGCACUUGUUCAGUUAUUGGUUAAUCAAAUUUCAAGGAAAUGACCGAGGACUUCAAAGUAAAUAUUCGCAGAAUCAGCCGAAGAUUCUUUGUGCGUGAGUAGGUGUUAGAAAGCUUGGAUAAUGGUGGAAAACGAUUCUCACCUGAAAAGGGUAAUGUUUCCAUUUCGUAUCAGACGGCGCAAAUUUAAGACUCGAAUGCUUUCUUGUUUUCUGGUCCUAUCCAUGGUCCUAACCUUCUGGAUUGCUCGACAAGAAGUAAAAAACUCACAACAGAAAAAUCAAUUGAAAAAAGACUGGAAUAAAUGUGUAGCGAAGAUCCAAAGUGAUCCUUCAAUCGAGCUUGGCAAUACAACUUUGAUUAGUGAUGAUGACAUCAUUUACCAAACAUACAGGACUAAAGAGUGUACCUCCAUAGUCCAGCAACAAUUUAGCCACCCUGCACCUACUCAGUCAGAACUUGAAUUUCCAAUAGCUUUCACGAUCUCCGUGUACAAAUCAGCCUCGCUCUUAGAGAAACUCCUUCAAGCCAUUUACAUGCCUCAAAACCUAUACUGCAUUCACAUUGACUUGAAGUCUUCACCAACUUUCUGUGCAGCGGCAACGGAGUUGAUUCGAUGCUUACCGAAUGUGCUAUUGGCGAAGAAAAGCGUCGAUGUCAUUUAUCCGCAUAUCAGUAUCUUAUACGCGCAGUUCAAUUGUAUGGAGGACUUGCUCAACACUGGCAAAGACUGGAAGUAUCUGAUUAACCUCGUUGGCCAGGAUUUCCCUCUUUAUAACAAUCGAGAACUAGUGCGCGCCUUACGCGCGCUAAACGGUAAAAACAAUAUUCAAAGCUUUCACCAUCCUGACUUAAAACGUCGCACGCAGUAUGUAUACGAGUUCAAAAGACAAAUGCAAGGUUCAGACCACAAAGCAUACAAACCUGUCAAGACAUCUCGAAAGAAAAAACCACCACCCUACAACAUCACACUUUUUAAGGGUGCAAACCACGUCGGGCUUACAAAAGGAUUUGUGGAGUAUAUCGUAUUUAACCAGACUGCUCGCGAUUUUAUUGAGUGGCUCUCAGAUACAAGGAGUCCACCGGAAACUUUCUACUCUUCUUUACAACAACACCCCGGAGUUCCAGGGGGUGUCAUUGGCUUGCAGCCCGCGUUUGUUAUGCGUGCUAUUGAUUGGUUUGACAAAGACAAAAAUGAGGCGAACUAUAAAUGCCAUGGAAAAUGGGUGCGGCAAAUAUGUUGGUUAAGUGUUCGCGAUUUACGUUGGGUUCUAGGCUGGAACAAGCGCAACAUGUUGUUUGUUCAGAAGAUACCAUUUGAUGUCAGCGAAGAUCUACUGCGUUGUUUAUCAAUCGCUCGGGAACUUAGAGUUUAUGGAAGUUAUUUUUUCGCGACAGGGAUGAAUUCCUCAGACCCGUCGUAUCUAAGUUUGAAUGUUGACCAAGAGGUGAUAAACGUCAUGAAUCAAUAAUUACUUAGAACCAAGACAAAAGCAAAUAAGUAAGUAAUUUAAUAAAUAUUUAUGCAAAGCGUAUGCAAAUUACCGUAUUUCCCCGUGUAUAAUACGCGCCCAUGUAUAAUACGCACCCCGAUUUUUGACCAAAUUUUUCAUAAACAAAAGUUUUCA